AUGUGCUCCGAUCCAGCAGCAGACGGCUCCAACGACCAGCCCACUGCGACGACAGUGGCGGCGGCCCUGCGCGAGGCCAAGCGAUCCAACCCUUACCAGUCCGUCGGCGACUUCCUUUCCAACACAAACAAGUUCCAGAUCAUCGAGAGCACGCUCCGAGAAGGCGAGCAAUUCGCCAAUGCUUUCUUCGACACCGAGACCAAGAUCAAGAUAGCCACGGCUCUCUCCGACUUCGGUGUUGAAUACAUCGAGCUCACAUCCCCGGCUGCCUCGGAGCAAUCUCGCCGCGACUGCGAGGCCAUCUCCAAGCUCGGCCUCAAGGCAAGCAAUCCGGCCAGCCAUUACACAAGGUGCACUCUCGAGGAUGCCAAACUUGCGUGCGACUGCGGCGUACACGGCGUCGAUGUCGUCAUUGGCACCUCCAGCUUCCUGAGAGAGCAUUCUCAUGGCAAGGACAUGGUCGCCAUCACUAAGCAAGCUCUCGAGGUCAUCGAAUACAUCAAGAGUCGAGGCUGCGAAGUCCGGUUCUCCUCUGAAGAUUCUUUCCGCUCCGACCUGGUCGAUCUACUUCAAUUAUAUCGUGCGGUGGAUAAUGCUGGGGUCAACCGUGUAGGAGUCGCCGACACGGUGGGCUGUGCUACGCCUCGCCAGGUCUAUGAUCUAGUUAGGACGCUUCGAGGCGUUGUCUCUACGGAUAUCGAGACCCACUUCCACAAUGACACAGGUUGCGCGAUCGCCAAUGCGCACGCUGCUCUGGAAGCUGGAGCAACUCACAUUGAUACCUCUGUACUCGGUAUAGGCGAGAGGAAUGGCAUUACGCCCCUGGGUGGCCUCCUGGCCCGCAUGAUCGUCGGUAGCCACGACUACGUCACUUCGAGAUACAAGCUUCACAAGCUCAAGGAGAUCGAAGAUCUCGUCGCAGAGGCGGUGCAGGUCAACAUUCCGUUCAACUCGCCUAUCACAGGCUUCUGCGCAUUUACUCACAAGGCCGGCAUACACGCCAAGGCAAUUCUCAACGAUGUUAAGCUGCUGACGUCCAAGAUCAAGGCCAUGGCUGAUAUCCGCCCCCUUGCCAUUGACGACACGGACUCGAUCAUCCGUUCCUUCCACCUCGAGUUGCAAGACCAACAAUAG